GCGCAGUCUCAGUCGCGGUAUCGAGCGCCGGUACGUCAGUGUUCAUUGUCAAGCAGUUGUCAGUUGUCAGCGGCGGCGGGUUGACGCGUGUGUACCAAGUGAUCAGUGCGCGGAGCUUUAACUAUGGCUCUGCUACGUCGGCUGGCUGUGAAUGCGCCCCGAGGCGUCCGAGUGCUGUCCACGCCGCCGCCUUCUCGCGACGAACUCGACUUAUCCUUCAAUAGUCCGAAAGACGCAUUCAAAAGCAAAAAAACCAGCGAAUUGGUCCGGGCGUAUCUCGUCUAUCAAAUAUGCUCGAUCAACUGGAUUGUCGAGAACAACGAUAUGUUGAUGAAGAGUCUGCGUCAGAUGGUGGGACAAAGACUCUUCGAGGCUAUAAUGAAGGCUACCUUCUACGGGCAAUUUGUGGCCGGCGAAGAUCAAAACAAGAUUCGUCCUACUCUUGAGAGAUUGCGAUCGUUCGGAGUGAAGUCGAUUCUUGAUUACUCCGUGGAAGAAGAUCUUUCACAAGAGGAAGCCGAAAAGCGAGAAGUCAGAAGCUGUGUUACAAGUUCACGGUUAAAUGAAUUAAUUAAAACCGGACCGAGGAAUUUGCAAGAUCUUGUCAUAGCUGGCGCGUCGAUCUCAACGUUCGGGGACACACAAGAAGAGGGGCAACUCAAGCAGUACCACGUGGAACAGCGGUUCGCUGACCGCAGAUACAAGGUCACCAGCGCCAGGACAUACUUCUACCUUAACGAGGCCGCCUGCGAGAAGAACAUGGAGGCUUUCAUGAGGAGCAUCGAUGCCGUUGCUGAAACAACGAAGAGCACAGGCUUAAUGGCUGUCAAAUUGACGGCUCUCGGAAGACCUCAACUAUUGCUACAACUGUCUGAGGUGAUUAUGCGUGCGCGUAGCUAUAUGCACCAGAUCGCUGGUGGUACAGGCAAUGUGUUGACCCACCACAAAACUAUAGAAGACCUACAAAGGUAUCUCGGCGACCUUAGCUCCAAGCCGGAAGUUCAGGAGUUCAUGAAGAAAAUCACUUCGGAUAAGGAAGGUAUUGUCCAUUUGUUUCCAUGGUCAAACAUCUUGGACAAGGACAUGGGCUUGUCCGAUUCCUUCCGAGUUCCAGACCCGAAGACCGGUCAGAUGAGACGGCUCAUCUCCCAGAUAUCCCCUAAGGAAGAGGAGAUGUUUAGGAACAUGUUACGGAGACUUAAUCACAUAAUCCAUGUCGCCAAUGAGUCUGAUGUUAGGAUAAUGAUUGACGCUGAACAGACUUAUUUCCAACCAGCUAUUUCAAGGAUCUGUUUAGAAAUGAUGAGAAGAUACAAUAAGGAUAAGUUCCUAGUUUUCAACACAUACCAAACCUACCUAAAGAAUACGUAUAACGAAAUCGUCACCGACCUGGAGCAAGCGCAGCGACAGAACUUCUACUGGGGAGCGAAGCUGGUGCGCGGAGCUUACAUAGAACAGGAGCGCGCGCGCGCGGCGGCGAUGGGCUACGAGGACCCCACGUGCGACAGCGUGGGCGCCACCAGCGCCUCCUUCCACCGCUGCCUCAAGGAGAUCCUCGGCAGGGUCAAGACCGAGCCCAACGGCGAUCGUCUCGGCAUAAUGGUGGCCUCCCACAACGAGGACACGGUCCGCUACGCCAUCCAGCUGAUGAAGGAGCACGACAUCAAGCCCGGAGACAAGGUCGUCUGCUUCGGCCAGCUGCUCGGCAUGUGCGACCACAUCACCUUCCCCCUCGGUCAAGCCGGGUACUCCGCGUACAAGUACGUCCCGUACGGGCCCGUGGUGGAGGUGCUCCCCUACCUGUCCCGACGCGCCAACGAGAACCGCGGCUUCCUCGUCAAGAUCAAGAAGGAGAAGGGGCUCCUGUUGAAGGAGAUUUUCCGUCGGCUCUUCACCGGACAAAUAUUCUACAAGCCGUCCGGAAAUUACACGCCGGUCUAAAUCGGAACUCGCUCGUCGUGUUAUAGUCCACUUCGAACCGUCACGACCGCGGUCUCCCGAGGCGCCUCCGCCUCCCGCGACAGCUGUUUGUAAACGUUGUUCGAAUAUGUUAUUUGUACGUUAGCUAACUUAUUGUAAUUGAAUUAGGAAUUAUUAAAUAUCUAAGGACUCGAAUCUGUGCAUACAAUGAGUGCACGAUAGACUACCGUCGGACGUUCCGCGUCGAUGUCUUUGGAUUGUUUUCAAUGGGACGCGUCUUUAUUUAUAAAUCAUUGAGGGAAAAUGAUUUCAAUAUUAAUUGAAAAAAAUCUACUGAAUUACUCGUUCGAAAGAGUUAGCGAUAUCUACGAAAAAAUGUGUUUGUUUGUAAUAUUUGUUUUUGUUGGCGUAUAUACAGUAUUGUUAUUAAUAGUAUUAAUCAUAGACAAUGGCUUUAUAGGAUCGUAUUUUUUAAAAGCUAGUCGUUUUUAAAUAAUCGCGCUUUGAAGUUGUUUUUUGAAAGCAUUUUCAAAUGUUUCGAUUUAUAAAAAUAUUUAUGUAUAUUUGUGUUCGAAUAUUUUUUUUUUUUAAAUGAUAAGUUGGUCGCAAUGUUCGAUAUCUGAAAUUUGAAAUGAGAUUUUUUUUUUAAUCUUUAAUAUUAAAAUAUUGUACAAUUGACAAUAUUUCAUUGGCUGUAAUUUUAUUUUUAGUAAGUUUUAACCGAGAUUAUCGGCUGUAUCAUUAAUUAAUUUACAUUAGCCCAUUUUAGUUUUAUUGACCUUGGAACGGAAGCAAGGUAACGGUAGUAAAUAAUAGGCCUUAAAAUAACAGGUUUAUAACACUAUAACCA